CGGAGACGCCGUCACAUCACUGACAGAAAGGCUUUGUGGCUGAAUCAGCAGAGAUUGCAGAUGAGGGGCCGUUAUUGUCUUUUCGAGUGAAACCGAGAUGCUGUUGAGAGACUGAAGUUUGGAUUUAAAGUCAAGCUCUGCGUCGGAUCCCCUAGCUGUUAAAGGUCUGUAGAGAAGCGCGUCGCUGAGGUUCUCGGUGGGUUUGGAUACAGUGAUGGAUGAGGGGCGGGGCUCGUCCGAUGCGCGUCACUGUGGUUCCGUGAAGCAGGAUCGGACCAUAAAUCUCCAGCACUUUUGAGAAGCCGGGCAGACGCAGAAAGCAGCGAUCGGUAGUGAUGAACAUCUAAACUGGACGUCCGGCUCAAGCUGGGUUUUUCUUCUUCUUCUUCUUCUUCUUUUUUGUCUGCUUAAAGCUCUGGCAUAACUGGAGUGCUCUUUUUCAUUUGCAGUGGACUGAGCAAAAAGAGCAGAAGUCAGAGAAGAAAAAGACAUCUGUGCUGUUCUUCGCUUCUAUCCAUGAUGCGGGAUUCUGUCUUCAACUGCUGCGUUUCCCCACCCCAUCCUCCUAGAGGAGUGGAGGAGCACCACCAACAACACAGUAGCAGAGCUCAGGCUCCACCCCCUAACGACAGGCGUUUCCUUAUAUUCUUUGACUUUGAUGAGACCCUGGUGGACGAGUGCAGCGAUGACUCUAUGGUAACUGUGGCGCCUGGUGGAGUCCUGCCCGGCUGGUUGAAGGACACCUACCGUUCCGGCCGCUACAAUGAAUACAUGCAAUGUGUGCUGGCCUACCUCUCCGAACAGGGCAUCACACCGGCGGCUAUUCGAGGCACAGUGGAGAAACUCCCUCCCUGCCCAGGCAUCCCCACUUUGAUGCAUUUCCUGCUCUCCCAGCCAUCAAGGGACUUUGAAGUCGUUUGCGUGUCAGACGCUAAUACUGUCUUCAUUGAGACGUGGCUGAAGCACCUGGGCUUCCUCCCGCUUUUUCUGCGUAUUUUCACCAACCCAGCUCACUUUGAUGAUAAUGGGCAGCUGCAGCUUCGCCCCUUCCACUCCCAUGAGUGCCUGCGAUGCCCGGCGAACAUGUGCAAAGCAGUGGUGGUGAGGCAGUACGUGGCCCAGCGCGUGCGAGAGAGGAGCGGACGCCCGUACCAGAAGGUUUUGUAUGUGGGUGAUGGGGCCAAUGACUUUUGCCCGUCACUCACACUGUCACCGGGUGAUAUAGCAUUCCCACGCCGGGACUUUCCAAUGCACAAACUGAUCCAAGAGAUGGAGGAAGCCAAACCUGGGGAGUUCAAGGCCAGUGUGGUGCCCUGGAACAGUGGAGAGGAUGUCAUCAACACCCUGAGGAAGAUAUUAGAGAGGCCCUAAAUAUAUACAUAUACCUAAAUGAGGCCUUAAAAAUGUAUAGAGCUUUCUUGAGUACAUUCCAAGCCCUUUUGAUUUUGCCAUAUAUGUAUCAAUUGAAACUGCCAGGCUGUUAAGGGUAUUUUAUUAAGAUGUGUUGUUGGUGCAGUUGAAAUUAACCCCUCUAUAAACUUACAUUCAAAUACACAGACACAUCCAUAUGACAAUUAAUGCAUAUUGUAUAUGUGUUAGUGUGUAUGAUUGAGAAUCUUAGACUUUUUUUUAAAUCUGAUUGCAUUAACACUAACACUAGCCAGUAGAGUCUAUCCCUAAAUGCAUUAUUAUUCUCAUUAUUAUUUUUUACUAUCAUGAUUAGGACCAAUUUCUGUAUUGUACUGUUAUUCACACAUAAAUCUAAAUAUCUUAUAUUGUUCUUUUGUAGUUUUAAAUAUGCAAAUCUAAGAGGUGCUAUAUAGGGUAUUAUUUAUGUGAAAAAUGUAAAGUGAUUCACUAAAAUGAGCAUCUUAUUAACGAGAAAUAACUUCCAAUGGUUAGUAUUUGCAAUUGAAAUAUUGUGUGUAUUGUAUGCUAUGGUUUUUUUAAUCAGUAAAUUUGAACCCAUCCUCUGUUGCCAGGAUGUGCUGUGGUUUUUUAACCUGUGAUUUUAAGCAUUUGUGUUUGGUUGUGUGUUUGUUAAGUUUGUCAUGUGAGUCUAUGGAUCUGUAGUAUCUGAUCCUCACCAGCAUGGAUAUAAAGCCAUUUACUCAA